ACCUAUCUCUCUCUCAUUCUCCCUCAUUGCAUGUUCUUCAUCCUAGGUAGUGCACCAUUAGAACAGAUGCGUUCCAGUUUCUCCGUCUCUCUCUCUCUCUCUGUCAGCGUUCACUUCCUUACUUUCACCCCUCCCUCCCUCUCGAGUUCUCUCCUCCUCUACAUCCUCGAUCUCUCAGCAGCAGCAGUUUGUGUCCUGAGAGAACUGGCACUAAACUGACGCAUCCAUGGGGCGCGCGCAGCAUCUUUAUUUCACCACAUUACAAUUUGAAGUCAUAUAGGGGAAAUAUUCACGUCAACGCAGCAAACACACAUUAGAGUCGUUCGGCGUUUCAUCUUCCGGCUUAAAACUCUCUCAGUCGCACCAUAUCUGUCUGGGUUUGUGACAUUUGUAGCUGUGUUGAGCCGCGGCGAUGGAUGGGGAUUCGUGUGUUCGCGUGUGGACUCGACCGCUGCAAGUGAUGCUCCAGCAGAAGAAGAUCAAAGCGCGGAGGAAAAAGCGUAAGGACUUGUUCGGAGGACAGAUGUGCUUCAUGGGGCUGCUUCUCCUGGCGGUGUCCUGCUUGUCCAGUUUGGCCGAGAAUUCCGGUUAUGGCAUCUCCAGUCUCUCAGAUGAAGAUAGUGAGAGGUGGGAAAGCCGCAGGCUGCUGCAGGACUCUGACAUUGACAGCAACUUCACUCAGGAAGCGCCGGUUGAAAAGAACUGCACACCACCUGUUGGACAUUUGGCUAGCAGAUGAGUCAUGUGACCUGACCUUUGAGAGCAGUGCUGACCUUAGGCUUACGGCAGAGAGAGUGUGUAGGACUGCUCAGCUGAAAUGUGACUACACACAGAGGCUCGGGCAGAUGAUUAAAAUGUCUACUCUCAUCUUUUUUCACCUGUCUAUUUUCUCUUUGUUUCCUCUUUGUGGUUGCCAUACUGAUGUCAGGAGGACCACAAUAUUUAUUUAUUUAUUUAUUGUUAAAUCUUUUUAGUGUUCAGCCGAAACAUUUUCUUUCUACAUUUCUGUUGUUUAGUCCCAGGAAAAUUCUGUAAUGUUGAUAUGUCUUUAAUAGUGCACCCAAGGAAUAUAACCUUAAAUUAAAACUAAAACAGAAAUAAAAUAUUAAAAUAUAAACUUAUUUUAUUUCAGUUGCCAAGGCAUAAUUUAUUAUUUUAGGUC